AUGUCGCCUCUCUAUCUCUCUAUUGGCAAAAGCUACCAAGAUGACAUUACUUACGACGUCGUCGACAUGGAUGCUUGCCAUCUUCUCCUUGGUCGAACAUGGCUGUUUGAUCGCAACGUUACACAUAAGGGGCGUGAUAAUACCUAUUUAUUUCUAUGGCGGGGUUGUAAGAUUGCUUUGCUGCCUUUUGUACCCUCAGUUUCUUCAUCGAAGCCUUCACCACUUCCAACUGUUUUGCUCACCACUUCGGGUGCUGAUUUUAGUCUUUCUUUGAAAGAUAGCCACUAUGACGUAGCCUUGCUCACGAAGGAAGCCCCUGCUGAAUCUAUUGAUCUUCUUUCUGCAAUUCAUGAUGUGCUACAACGUUACCCUACUAUUGCUCCUACAGAACUCCCUGAUCACUUCCCUCCCAUGCGCCACAUUUAA